AUGGAAAACCAGCACAAUAUAAUACAAGAGAUGCUGUUUGGUGGUGGUUAUAUUCAAUGUCAUCUUAUACAUGCUUAUCCUGCACAAACAGCUGGAUUAUAUGAUCAAUUAUUGUAUGAUGUUAUUCAUGAAGUUUUUCUUCGUCAUAUUCAAUCUUUAAAUUUUAGAGAACGUGGAACUGGACAUUCAUUAGAUUCAGUUAUAAGUGAUGAAGGUUUGAAUAAUAAAAUUGGAAUUGAUACUAAAACUGGUUUCGUUUAUGGAGGAAGUAGAUGGAAUUUUGGAACAUGGAUGGAUAAAAUGGGUUCAAGUGAUAAAGCAAAUUAUAAAGGACAUUCAGCUACACCAAGAGAUGGAACUGCUGUUAAAUUAGUUGGAUUAUCUAGAACUUUUAUUGCUUGGAUUAUUCAAAUGAAUCAAGAAGGACAUUAUCCAUAUGAUUCUGUUGAAACAUCUACUGGAAUUGUUGGAAAAAUUAAAUUACUUUUUACAGAAUGGUUAAAUAAAAUUGAUGAAAAUUUUGAAAAAGAAUUUUGGAUUGAUGAAACAAAUUCAGCGGGAUAUGUUAAUAGAAGACAAAUUUAUAAAGAUACAAUUAAUUCAUCUCUCAGAUGGACUGAUUUUCAAUUAAGUCCUAAUUUUAUUAUUGUAGCGGUUAUUAUAAGUACAAAAUUUUAUUUCAUUUAA